AUGGAGAAGCUUCUUGAUUCGUAUGACAGGGAAUACAUGAAAAUGGCCAUGUUGAAGCACGAGGAAAUAUUUCGAGAGCAGGUUCGCGAACUUCAUCGUCUCUAUCAAAUUCAGAAGAUGCUUAUGAGAGACACUGCCAAAAAUAGGCGAAACAUGCAGGAUUACUUGAUUCAUUCCAAUAAGCUCAAUGAUGAUGAAGAUAUUCGCACAAAGGCCAUGAAAUGUCCAGACUUGGAACAGCCUGCUGGAGAGUUCAUAGCAGAAUCAGAUGACAGUAGAGUGCUCGAAAUUGAAGAUUACAAUGAUCUUGAGCUGACAAUAGGCCUGAAAAGCUAUUACACGAGAGGAAAAGCUACUGAAACAUCACCGGAAUCAGGUUCCUGGCCGAGCAUUAAUUCUUCUUCCUCCACUGGAUCAAACCAUGUAAAGAGAACAAGAAAAUAUGCAAGAGAAGAAUCAUUAAACCAGCAGAAAUGGGGACUAGGGAUUCCUGUAUCAAAUCUUAAUUUCCUUGGAGGAAGGGAAAAUAGUUCUGAGGUGGAAGAACAUUUGAGAAAAGAUAGAUUAAAUGCUCCACCUUGGUUUUUCCAGGUUUUAAGCCUGAAUAUGAGAUGA